AAUAUUCAGAGGCAUGCAAGCCCAAUCUAAAGCCCAUACAAGAUUCAUAGCAUCUCCGCCACUUUCUCUUCCCUACUAAAACCUCCGUCCGUUGCCUGAAAACCCACCGAAAACACUUUCCCACUUCAGAUGGGUUUUGAUGGUGGAGGUAUGGAGGUGAAAAGAGUGUUCAUAGGAGCAGGUUGCAAUAGAAUAGUGAAUAACACCUCGUGGGGUGCCUGUGAUUUGCUCUCUUUUGGUGCCCAAAAUGCUGUUGCCAUCUUUUGCCCCGAGACUGCUCAAAUUCUGACUACACUUCCGGGGCACAGCGCCUAUGUGAAUUGCACCCAGUGGUUGCCCAGCAACAAGUUUGCAUUUAAAGCUAAGAAUUUGGAGAGGCAUUAUCUGCUAUCUGGAGAUGCUGAUGGAACUAUCUUUUUGUGGGAGUAUUCCCUUACUGAUAAGAAGUGGAGGGAUGUGCUACAAGUACCAGAAAAGCAUAAGAAAGGUGUUACAUGCAUUACUGCAAUUAUGCUGUCUCAGACAGAAGCUAUAUUUGCAUCAUCCAGUUCUGAUGGUGCGGUACAUGUGUGGGAAGUAAUUCUUCCAUCCAGCUCUGGAGGUGAAUGCAAAUUGUCAUGCUUGGACUCCAUACUUGUUGGUAAAAAACCUAUGGUUGCUCUUUCGCUUGUGGAAUUGCCUGGAGAUAACGGGCACCUAGCCCUAGCCAUGGGCGGAUUAGAUAACAAAAUUCACAUUUACAGUGGUGAGAGAGCAGGAAAAUUUGUCCACGCCUGUGAACUGAAAGGGCACACGGAUUGGAUUCGCAGUCUUGAUUUCUCUUUACCUUUAUAUGGAAGUAGUGAAACACCUAGUCUUCUUCUGGUGAGUUCAUCUCAAGACAAGGGGAUACGCAUAUGGAAGAUGGCUUUACAUGAGUCUAUUGGUAAUAACAGGAAAGAAGAAACCAGCUUGGCUUCUUACAUUAAAGGCCCAAUAUUUUCAGCUGGCCCAUCCUCUUAUCAGGUAUCUCUGGAGUCCCUCCUCGUUGGGCAUGAGGAUUGGGUGUACUCAGUGGCAUGGCAGCCUCCUCAAAGCUCAUCUAUUGAUGGCAUUGAAUGUUAUCAACCUCAGAGCAUCUUAUCUGCAUCCAUGGAUAAGACAAUGAUGAUAUGGCAACCUGAAAAGACUACUGGUAUAUGGAUGAACAUGGUUACUGUUGGGGAAUUGAGUCAUUGUGCUUUAGGGUUUUAUGGUGGUCAUUGGAGCCCAAGUGGCAACUCAAUUUUAGCUCAUGGGUAUGGUGGAUCUUUUCAUCUCUGGAAAAAUGUUGGCACUGAUUUUGAUGACUGGAAACCACAAAAAGUUCCUUCUGGACACUUUGCGUCAGUGUCAGACAUUUCAUGGGCCAGAGAGGGGGAGUAUCUGCUGUCCGUUAGUCAUGAUCAAACAUCUAGAGUAUUUUCUGCAUGGCAUGAUGAAUCUUCUUUAGAAGAUGGAGAUGCUUGGCAUGAAAUUGCGCGACCUCAAGUUCAUGGCCAUGAUAUUAAUUGUGUCGCAAUAAUAAGAGGAAAGGGGAACCACCGAUUUGUAAGUGGGGCUGAUGAGAAAGUUGCCAGAGUGUUUGAAGCUCCUCUCUCCUUCCUGAAGACAUUGAGUCAUGCUACCAGACAGAAAUCUAGCUUUGCCAACGAUCUUCCAGUGAAUGUGCAAAUUCUUGGUGCAAAUAUGUCUGCUCUUGGGUUAUCGCAGAAGCCUAUAUAUGUCCAAGCAUCCCCAGAGUCGAAAGAAAGAAAUAAUAAUGAAGGCAUCGACACACUUGAAACUAUUCCAGAAGCAAUGCCAGUUGAGUUGACAAAACCACCCAUUGAGGAGCAAUUGGCAUGGCAUACACUAUGGCCUGAAUCGCACAAGCUUUAUGGUCAUGGAAAUGAACUAUUUUCUGUAUGUAGUGAUCAUGAGGGAAAGCUAGUUGCUUCUUCCUGCAAGGCACAAUCUGCAUCUGUUGCUGAAAUAUGGCUAUGGGAAGUUGGCUCUUGGAAGGCUGUAGGCCGCUUGCAUUCUCACAGUUUAACAGUGACACAGUUGGAGUUCUCUCACGACAACAGUUUUCUUUUGUCUGUGUCUAGAGAUCGUCAUUUCUCUAUCUUUGCAAUUAAGAAGACAGGAGGAGCAGAUGAAAUCAGUCACCAGCUUGUUAUCAGGCAGGAAGCUCAUAAAAGAAUAAUAUGGACGUGCUCUUGGAACCCAUUUGGCCAUGAAUUUGCCACUGGUUCAAGAGAUAAGACCGUGAAGAUCUGGGAACUGGAGGACGGGUCAUCAGUUAAACUGCUCAUGACUCUGCCGAUGUUCAAAAGCAGCGUCACUGCCUUAUCUUGGCUGGGAGUUGACAGGCAGAAGAAUCACGGUCUUCUUGCAGUGGGAAUGGAGAGUGGUCUCAUAGAGCUGUGGAGUCUUUCCAAUACCAAAACCGACAACAGCAGGAUUUCAGCACCAAAUGCUGCUCUUUUUGUUCGUUUAGAUCCGUUUAUCUGUCACAUAUCCGCCGUCCACCGGUUGAGGUGGAAAAACUCGACGAAGAGUGAAGAGUCUACAUCCAUGCAGCUUGCAUCUUGCGGAGCUGAUCAUUGUGUGAGAAUAUUUCAAGUAGAUGUUUGAUUUUUAACUAGAAUGUUGUCUCAUUAUUGAAAACUGAAUUCGUAAAAUUAUGUGCUUCCGAAUUCGUAUCUCGGUUUUGUAUACUACAGAUUAGGUUUUGACAAUGUACGGGUAGUGAUUUAUACUUGAAAGAGUGAAACAGAAACAUUAUCUUUUUAUUUA